GAGGGCCUAACACACUCAAAGACCUCAAUGUUUACAAACGCUGCUUAUGAAGGAUUUGUAUUCACAGAGAAAUGUUUACAUGCAGAUGAAGGAGUGACGCCGUGAAUCUGCUGAGGAUUGGUUCAUCAGACAGGACUUUUAUAAGCCACCGAUUGGAGCGGCUCGCUGACGUUUGGAGCCGUUUGUGACACUUUUUUUUUGGCUUGAGAACUUUGUGAUAAAACAAUGACGUCUAAAAUAUUAAAAGGGAUGCUUUGCUUGUCCCUUGUUCCCUUGCUUUUGUCCUGCCUCGCUGUUUCCACUGUAACCAUCACCACUCGGCGACAUGCAGUCGAUGAUGACAUCAGGACUCUGACCGGCGGCGGCGGCUCUGCCGCGGCUGCUAAAACAGGCACCACCUUGUUCCUCCUGACGGGCUACAAGCCGCCGCUCCCACCGCUGCCUGCCGGACCCAAAGUGCCGCCGAAAGCGGCCGAGGUGGAGGACGGGGAUGAUCCACCGGUGAUGGCUGAGCUCCCACCAAAGCCCCUCCCUCAGACCAUGUUGCCAAGGAACGUGACGGCGGCUCUGAAGCCUCCGCUCAGUGCGGUCCAGGUGGCUCCACCCCCGAGACAGCUGGUGGACGUGGACGUGUGCAGGGGUUACUUCGACGUGAUGGGGCACUUUGACAGCACGUUCAACUGCUCCCAGGGCAGCUACAUCUACUGCUGCGGCACCUGUCACUACCGCUUCUGCUGCGAGCACCAGAGGAGCCGGCUGGACCAGGACUCCUGCAACAACUACAAGUCCCCGGUCUGGGCCGACCCGCAGGUCCCCGUCACCGUGCCCGCGUUGAAGCCCGACCCCGACUUUGAGACGCUUCAGCAGCAGAGCAGCAGUACGGCCUAUGUGAUCGGAGGCGUGAUCUCCUUCACUGUGGUGGUGGCCGUGGGCGUCAGGAUUGCCUUCAGCAAGGUGGCUCGUCGACCCCGAAACCGAGACAUCAACAUGCCCAGAUCACUGGUGGAUAUCUUACGUCACCAGUCGAGCCCCGUGCAGCAGGGCGAGAGGAACAACACCACAAUGCUGACCACCACCACCUCAGACGGACGCACGUCCAAAAGCCUGUACACCCCCAUCCUGCAGAUCAAGGACAACCGCACUGGGAACUUGCACCACCAUUUUAACCAGCAGGGGUCUGCUUCCAGCCCCAAACACUCUGCUACCAUCGAGCGUGGACCCCGCAUGAACAACACCCCCCAGCUCUCCUCCGGGCCCACCCUGAUUUCUGGUAGCAUCAAAGGUGCAGGAGGCGGCGGCGUCAUUGGAGGCAACAUGAGACACAACAGCAGCCACCCGUCUUUCUCGCACUCCUUCCACAACCUGGCCCAGCUGCCACCGUCCUACGAGGCAACCAUGAAACCUGAGAUCAACCGCUACAGCUCGCUGAAGAGGCUGGAGAAAGAACUCGAUGAGUACUCCAGCUACUACAGCUCCAAACGCCGGUCCAACAACGCUCCACCCUCCUUCCACUCCUCUCAGCACCACCUGCCCUGGGGAGGAGACUACAUGUCGGGAUCCAGAGGCACGCUACCCCUCCACGGCUCCCGGCCUCACCUCCACAUCCCGUCCUCCACUCCGAACCCGUACCCGCUGCCUUCCCAGACACAUUACACCAGCUCCAGCUUCGACAGGCCGCCGCGACGCGUCCGCUCCCAGGACCAGCUGCUGGCACUCGGCGAAGGCAACACGCUGUCCCGUUUGUCCAAGAACCAGCAACACCAGUACUACAAAGCCAUGAUGAGCACCAGCAGGAGCUCUACAUCACAGACACUCCGCAGGUCCCACGAGCGGCUCCUGGUCUCCCCUGACCGUCUGGAGGAUCGGCUGAUGGCGAUGGGUCUGCUGCCAGGAGCAAGUGAGCGAGGAGGAGGAACCGGGAUGGUUCCCACCAUGGGCCGGCUCAGCCACCACCAGAAGGCCCAGUCGCAGCAGAACAUUUGUGUCACACCGUCCAUGGACCGCCACCACAUGAUCAAGAUGAACUCUCACCCCACAUCAGGCCACGAGCACGACCGCAGUUCCACAGCCAUGUCUGGCAUGGGCAUGCACGGUGGCUGGGACUCCCACGGCGGGACGGGCGGAGGCCACCCCAAUGCCCGACGCAUGGCUUUUGCCAGCAAGAGGCAGAACACGAUUGAACAACUGCACUUCAUCCCCGGGGGAGGAGGAGGGCAGGGACUGCGGACUGGGAGUAAGAAUGAGGUGACAGUGUAAGAGGAAGAGGGAUAGCGAUGGAAGAGAGGUGAAGAUGAAAAGAAGCUGCAGACAGAAUGAAGAGAGGGAAGCCGCGAGGCGUUUAGUGUGACGAUGAGCAGGAAAAGGCAAAGAAGUGGUUUGAUAUCAGCUGGCUGCCUCACAGGGCUGCUCUCAGCUACACACAGCCCCCCUUCAUUAAAUAAAAAGUGGUGGAUGACAACAUUAAUCCCAUAGUGAGUAAAGCCAAUUGAUUCUCUCUUUGUCACUUGUGUAUUGAAAAAGAGAAAUUUCAGCUAUUCUUUGUAAAGGGAAGACAAAUGCCCGAGUAAAGAGCAGAAAAGAAGAAGAAAAAAAGAAGAAGCAGUUAAAGGCUGCUGGGUAUUCGCUGUGACUUUUAUUGAAGGAUAUCCGCUGAGUCAGAUUUGUUGAAUUGUCCUUGAGUUUUGUUGCUCUGUGCUCUGAGUCCUCGAGCGCUUCGACAGAGAUCCGUCUGUGAAUCGGCCGUGGAUGUCAGAGCGCCGAGGCAGAGGCAGACCCGUUUGCUUGUCUAUGUAUUUAUACAAAUAUUUAAAACCAAACAAGUUGCUUUUGUAUGAAAUUAACCUAAUACUACUACUACUAAUAGUAAUAAUACUAAUAUUAGCAUAACUGAGCCCUGUAGGAUUUUGUGUAUACUUAGUUGAAAACAUAUUUAUCCUUUAGGCAGCCACUUUGUAACCUAAAGACUGGUCACGUGAUCAGCCUGUUAUUUCUUUCUCUAGUUGUGAUUGGACCAUCAAAGUGAAACUGCUGAAACAAUGCAGCAGUCAUUUGAUUGCUUUAUAGCUCGAGUCACUCAAGCUAAACACAAAUAAGUAAAAUGAGCCAUUCAGAGACGAGAAGCAACUCAAACGGCUGCCAUAAAGGCCCAGUCACACCAGCAUGCCACAAUCAAGAAACUCCCAACAACCAAGUGCCAGUUUAUGAUGAAGGGAACGAUAAAAAGAAACAAGGCUGAGGAGCUGCUGUUCCAAAACUUUUCUGAAUCCAGAUGUUCUCCCGUGUUUCUGGUGUGACCGGGCUUUAAAGUCCACUUUGCAGUAUGAUUUUAGCUAACUAUGCUCUUGUACAGUGAAAUCUAGUGGGUGUAUAUCAUCUAUGAAACAUUGUGUAAUUUGUAGGCUAAGAAAGUUUUGAACUGAACCAAUCUCAUGCAUUUUAAUUCGAACCCUGACUGACCAAACAUCCUUCAACAACCGCAGGGUUUCCGCCAGCGGACCACAACCCCAGAACCUGCUGGGCCUUUUUAUAACAGCUACAACUGUUAAGUUAGCUAAUGUAUCUUAUUACCCAUAUUACCAUAACCCAUGUAGCAGCUCAGACAGCUCAAAGAACAAUGCAGAAGUAUGAAAAACAAAUAAAGAGCAUUGUUUAACUUGAAGGUAAAACAUUAGCUUUGGUGGACUUAUGCCCACCUUUUACAAAUGACAGCAGGCUGCAUGAGUCUCUGCCAUAGGUGAACAACUUUAAAUAAUGUGGAGCUCUGUUGGUGGUAUAGGGCACUAAACUCUUUUGUCUCCAGAGAUGCAUCUAUCUGCAUCACUGGGCAUUUGUGAGGCACCACUGAGAGUUAAAAACGGGACAAAUUCCAAGCUCCAGAAAAAUGAUCAGUGUGGCUGUUCUCCCAUCUGUUACAGCGAAGUUUAACAUCCCAGCAUUCAUGAAAAACAAGCUGAAGUUAGCAGGACGUUAGCUGAUCGUGUCGCGUGAACUUGGGUUAGUUGGCACAUGCCUGGUGUCUAGCUACAGUGCUAUAGUUACUCUAAUAUAGCCAGAUUAGCACAGGGAAGACGAAGGUUGAAGGUUAAAUUGUUCUUAAUUAGAGUCCAUGUUUCUGAUGAACAGAGACAAAUGCCAUCACUGGCAGGAGGACGACAGUAAAAAAGAGAAUGGCUCCAUCCAUAACACAAGAUUAUAAAAAACUGAAAAUGUCCUGAUCCUAAGCUUAACAUCCCCGCUGAGAUCUUAGUCGGCCCAACAGUGACUGAAACGUUUGGUGUCAGGAACACCGCUAGGCCAGCUACCCUACCCUAACCCUAGGCUUUGGAGAAGAAGAAGAAGAAGAAGAAGCCACUUUGUUGGAAAACAUCGAUUUGAAGUGAUUUGGGAUUCCGGUGAUUAAGGGAGUACAAUUUUUAAAAGCCAAAAAUUACAUUUUAAUAACACUGUUAAUGCUAUUAUCACAGGAUUAUUGGUAAUCCUGUGAUUAUCGUCUCCCCCUACAUGGUUAUUAAAGGCAUGUUACACGUGAAUGGUGCAAGUAAAAAGUUGUAAAAGCUAACUUAAAGUUUUUGGGGUCUCGUGUCUAAAACACUGCAGCCAUAGAUGAUAUAAAAGAUGGAUGUAGCUACUGUGAUGUCACCCAAUGGUUUGUGAAGUCUCGUUAUGAAGCCUCCAGAGGAAUGUGAAGAUGAUCACCGUUUUGGUGUUUUGAGUGACAAAAGACGUGCAGCUCCGUGAAGAUCUCCAUAGAUCUGAACAGGAUCAGGAAGCUGUGUCAGUCUUUUAUGUGUCUAUGACUGCAGCACGCUUCAAACAUGAGCACCUCACCCACCUCAUCAGGACACGUUUGGACCUAGAAAACAGGGUUCUUAUGUUACUGUUAUAGGUGAUUGAUUGAUUGAUGGUGCAGCGUUAAAUUGCAGCUGGGGUCAACAGGCUUUCUGGCGGAAACCCUGAACUGUUCAAAACUUUUCAUUGCAAGCUUGUAGAGAGGCCGAGGGUUUUGUUUCUGCCGCCGAGUGGUAUUAAACCGACCCUCCUGUACGUGCACGGCGCCACACGUUUUCCUGCAAGUUCAGCUGCUCGCCUCGUAUGAAGGGAAGGGUGGCAGAUGGGUUCAAGGCGGGGGGGGGGACAAUGGACACUUCACACCAAGGGCUAAAACAAAUUAUCUUUGUGUGUCUGUGCUCUGUACAGUCUCUGCUUCUCAUUUUCAUUUGUUCCUGUGCGUCGGGAGGCAUGCUCAUGCAUAUUUUCACAGAUUUUUUAAUUUUUAUUCUUCUUGUGUAGAGAGAAAAAAUGAAAUGCAAGGAAAUUGUGCGAAGCAAAAUAACUUUUGUGUACCAUGUAAAGACACACAACCAUUUUACAAAGUGGUGGGAGAAGUGUUGACCAUAAUGAUGUCAUAUUUUGUACAAUUCUUUCUUUUUUUUUGUUUUCUGGCUGUGAGAUGGACCUUCUGGCCACGCUGGCCGGAUUUUCAGAGAGGCCUUCCCCUCUCGAGUUGUAUUUCGAUAAAGACAGACAUGAUUGAUUACUGUGUGAUGCUACCUGCCAGCCAUUUUUAGUGUUUUAAUACAUGUGCUCACGUGUUAAUGGUUUCUGUAGAAAUUCUCCCUUGAUGACACUAUGAACGCUAUUAUCAUGAGCUCUCUUUCUUUCUCUUCUACUUAAACAUGUAUUUAUUUUUUUAAUCUCUGUGAGUUUUAAUGUAUAAUCCUGGAUUUUCAGUAUUAAAAUCUUUCUAGUGAAUUUAAAAGAAAAGAAGAAGAAAAACCCUUUGUAUUCACGAGAACAAAAAAGAGCCGAUGCAAUCCAAGAGAAAAGACGAAACGCAUGACGGUGUCAGAAGCCAGUGUUGGUGAUGUCAUAGUGCUGACUUAUGAUGUCACGGCGUGUAUGUGUGUAAAUGUACAUGCGUCUGUUUUAGUUUGUGUGCCCGUGCGUGUAACUCUCUGUCUUCUUACCCUCCUUAGGAAUGCUGAACUUCUUUUUUUUUUUGGCCCAAACUCAGGUCAUGUCUUCAGCACUCGAGUCAUGUUGUUCAUAUCAACAUGUAAUGAAAUUUAAAGGCCUGCCAUCAUUUUGUUUAUUCAUUUAUUUUUUUUAAAGACAUUAAUCAGUCCGCUUUUCUUGUGGAGCUCUGAGAACUUUUUAGACAUUUGAACAUGUAAAUUAUUGAAGGCUUUUAUUGUGUCAAGUUUUGGUGUUUAAAUAAGAGUUUGUGUCACUGGAAUUUUAAUUUAAAGGUACUUUUUGUAAAUUAUUGUGCUUCAGAAUAGUUUCAAACUUUCCAAAAUUAACCAAAGCUGUCAAAAAAAAAAAAUAUGAAGAACCAACAUUGUGACUUUAUAUCUAAAACCUGUGCUGUUUGUGUUUAACUGAUACCGAAUGAAGUUGAAAUAGGGCCAGGCUGUACUUUUGUGCAAUACCAGUUUGUACCACAAGGUGGAGCACUGAGUUAUGUAAUUUAAGAGCAGCAAACAUUUCAACUGCCUUUUCUUGACAUCUAGUCUUGGUAGAAAAAUAAAAAGUGAAAAGCUGUGCCAGGUUUGGAGACAUAAGUUCACCACUGGCUCGAUGUCCUUCAACAUCAGCUGGAGAGUUUUUCUCCCAGAUUUGUUUUACAUUAUUGAUUAGAACUAAUUUCAAUAAAACAUUCUUGAUUGAGAAAAAAAAUACUAAAUCCUUAAAAUGUGUCAUGUUUUUAAACAAAAUGGGCAUCCAGUAAUACUAAUCUAUGUACAUGGAGUGCCCACAACCAUUCAGUAACCAAAUUACUCAUAAAUCAAAUGUUGUAGUAAAAAAACAGAUAACCAGAUUAAUAUUUCUUUCUUUGUAAGUGAUGGUCUGGCUAAAUCUUUGUCGUACGUGGAAAUAAUGUCAACAUCAGUCCAUCUAAGAGGCUGUUUUUGCUGUCAUACACAUCUGCAGUUUAUUUAAAGAGGGACACUGUGAUGUCACCACCUGAUUUUUGAAGUCCUGCUCCGAAGCCUCGAGACAAGUAUUUUCUGCAUCACUAUCUCCGUGUUUUAUGAUGUGACGAGUGAGGCGCAGAGCUGACUGUGAAACUGCACUCAUUAGCUAACCGCCUGUGACUCACAAAUACAUCCCAGAUAAUCCUCCUUUCUGACGCUUAGAAGGACCAAAAUUUACAAAAUAGAAUCACUGUUUUCUUCAGUGAGAGAUUGAGACCAUAAACUGAUCAGGAAAGUGUUUACAGAGCUCAGGGCACUGGGCCGUUUUCCUGUAGACUGCGAUAAGACAGGAAGUCUUUUUUCCGACCACAGGUAUCGCCCCAUGCUGGCCAUUAAAAAAAAUGCAGGUGUAAGGCCUUUCUGCAUUGAUGUUACCUUUCAGACCUGAAGCUGUGUCCAUCUUUUACACUGUUAGAGGUCACAGACUGUUGGGUAGUGGCCUUUGAGAAAAUGGUGGUAGUUAAAAAGAAACAUCGGAAGUUAAACUCUUAAAAACACCCCAUUGUAAAAUGCUGCCCCCUGGUGGUGGUAGUAAUAAUCAAAUUGUGCCAGGGUUAAUUACAAAAAGUACCUUUAAUAUGCGUCUGCAAAAACUGAUCCUUUUUUAAAAGAAGCUUUCUCAUACAAGCUUAUUUCAAGAGAAUUUUAAAGGCACAGAAGUUAUAAACACGCAGCUUUCCAAAGCUACAGUACGGGCUAAAGAGGAGGGGGCUGAUUGCAUUUAAAUGUUUUUCUAUUGAGGGCAGUUGUUGCUGAAGUGGAGGAGAAUGUAAAGUGACCUGACUUUGGCUGGAAAAAGCUCAAACAGCAUGAGAAAGAGUGGAGGGUGUUUAUGACGUGUGAAUUCAGCCGUAUUUUUAAUGUUUCGCUCAUUUCUCAUCAUACUUUCAAAAGUCUGAUACAGAUGUUGUAAUCCAUGUUCAGUGCUCUCCUGUGUGUGUGUGUGUGUGUGUGUGUGUGUGUGUGUGUGUGUGUGUGUGUGUGUGUGUGUGUGUUUUAACCACUGGGGGGGGGGGUAUUGGGAGGCAUGGGCAAUUUGUAUUCUCAAAGCUACUCUGCAUACCUCAAAUUGUAUAAUACAUUUAUUUAUUACAUCCCCUUAUAUGUCUAUUUCCAAGAAUAUCCAGACAAAGGUCUCACAGAUGUGCAACCCUUUUGUUAUUGGUGAUCAAUUCUUGCGUU